UCCGGAAGUCAAGUAAGAUUCAAUAUUAAUCCGCUAACUAAAGGUGAGAGGUGAGUGAGACAAUCUUGUCGCAUGUUGCAUUUGUUUUGAUUUUAUAUUGAAAUGCGGCAGUGCGCUGUAGGAACAGCAAGACAGAGGAGUGAUUCAGUUUUAAAAUGUCCACGAACUGUCACUUGACACUGCGCCUUUUAGGUGCGAUAUGGAAUCGAAACAGUGUUGUGUUUUUUCUUUGGAUACUGGUGACAUUUCUGCACACCUGUUGCAGUUCAGCAUCCGAAGUUAACAGGAUUAUAACGAACAAUGAAAUUAUUGUGCCGCACGGUAGGUCCUUUUACGUGAAUCCAGACUCUCACUUGACUAUACAUGUUAAAAGGGGAGAACAGUGUUCUGUAACAGUUCUUCAAAAUGACCCAUUGUCACAGUUACCUGGGAAAUUGUUUCCAUCUGAAUUUCCAUGCAGUUUUGGACCUAAGGAUGUAAAAUACACACACUUUGGAUUGACUUUUCCUUCUUUUGAUAAAGUGCGCUUACUCGUUCGCAUUGAUUCAAGUUCCAAUACUCAAAUCAUUCCAGUUACCUUAUCUUUUCGUAUCUCAUUUCAUCUACCGUUCCAGGUUGUGCUUAGAAAUUUACCAUUGAUUGUAGAACAUUUCUCAAGAAGUAGUGAUGCAAUUAGAGAUUUAAAUACUCAAUUUAGUUAUGACAGGAAUAAUCAGAUAUGUAAAUUAAGUGUUUUGUCAGGAAUGAAAAAUUUACCACGUUACGGGUAUGUUGUAAACAACGCUUCAUCAGUUUCAUUCAUCGAUUGUGAUAGGUUUUUACAAAUGAACUUGCAGUACAAACAUACAUCUAAGAUUAAUUCACCAAACAAGGAUUUUAUUCCAUUAGUUUUAGAAUUGUUAGAAAGAGAUGGAACUUUAGUUAAUCAGGAAUAUUUUUUGAAAGAGGUUGUAAUAAAAGAUGGUUCACCUAAUUCUGCUCCUCAUAUUAAUCAGAAAGCUCGUCUAGCAAUAGAAACAACCAAAUAUGGUAUUAAUCAGUUUAUCAUGACUGCAAUUUCACCGAAAAUACUGAGUGCAACUGAUGCUGAAACAACGAGUGAUAGACUAAUAUUUAAUAUAACACACCCUUUAGGACCAAAUGAAGGUGAAAUUGUAAGCACAGAUGAUCAGAAUAUUAAACUACGCUCUUUUUACCAGAAAGAUAUUAUCGAUUUAAAAAUUGCAUAUAAACCACCAAAUGAUGAUUCAAACAUUCCAAGAACAUUUGAAUUAAGUUUGGAAGUAAUAGAUGAAGAAGGCUUAAAAUCCAAUCCAUUUUCAUUAAUGAUAAUAGUUCAUCCAAAGCAUACAUUAGCACCUAUAGCAAUGAAAAAUACUGGACUGCAACUGUUUGAAGGUCAGUCACGAAAUAUAUCUUCUACGCACAACUUACAAAUUUCUGAUGAAGAUGAUCUCAGCAAAGUUAAGAUUUCAGUAGUUGACGGAACUAGACAUGGAAAAUUAGUUUUACCGAGGGGGAGACAGUAUUUUACACCAAAUGAUCUCAAUUUAGGGACAGUUAUAUAUCAACAUGAUGGCAGUGACACUCAUAGCGAUAACAUAGUUUUCCGUAUGACUGAUUCUAAACACACGGUAGAAUUUUUAUUUCCGAUCAUUAUUUUCCCAGUAGAUGACGAACCAGCUACUCUAAAUGUCAACAUUGGCCUUGAAAUAAAGAAAAAUGGAAUGGCACCCAUAUCACAGUUUGUCCUCAGUGCAUCAGAUAUAGAUAGUGACGAUUCUUCUAUUCAAUUCAUUUUGCUACCUCCCUAUUCCACAGAAGGUAUUAUUUUAAAGCGUCAAUUUGAAAUCCCAAAUGACAUUCAAAAUUGGCAGAACAUUCAUGGAAUAUAUCAACGUCCCGUUGACCGAUUUACUCAAAUGGAUAUCUUAGACAAUAAACUGUUUUAUCGACAUGUAGGACCACAUCAUACAUCAGUAGUAAUUGAUAAAAUACAAUUUUCUUUAAUGAGUGGAGAAAAAAUUAAAACUGUUUCAGAAACCUAUCAAUUUUUAGUGAAGAUCUACCCAGUGGAUGAUAAACCACCCACAAUAGCGCCAGACACACAGCUCAAUUUUACUGUUACAGAAUUCCACGUUACACCUUUUAAACGUAAGAAUUUAUUUUAUACUGACAGUGAUACUAAUGAAUCGAAACUAAAAUACCACAUCACAAGAUCACCAUUUGAUCAGGACUCUUACGUACAUUUAGAUGCUGGACAAAUAGUUAUGUGUGAUCAACUUAAUGUAGCGGUCAACACUUUUGAGCAAGCGGAAAUCUUCCAUCAAAAGAUUUGUUAUCGUCCUCCAUCUUCUGAACAAGGACUUACCGAGCGUAGAAUACAAUUUUAUUUUGAAGUAGAAGAUUCUAGUGGUAACAUAUUACCUAAUCAGCGUUUUACAAUAACUUUAAUUCCUGUAAAUAACCAGCCACCGAUUGUGACCAACAUGGGCGCCACUGUUCUUGAAAAUCAGCAAGUUGUGUUGAACACACAGGUGAUUGAUGUUCAAGAUCCAGAUUCAAAUCCAAACAUGAUACAAUUCACAUUGAUAAAACUACCAGAUUUUGGAAGCUUGCUUAAAGGACAACAAUUUUUAGACGUGUCAGACACAUUUUCCUAUGCAGAUCUGUUUUCAGGGACUGUAAUUUAUCAGAGUAAGGAUAAUGAUGAAAAAAGUGAUUUGAUUAACCUUGAAGUAACAGAUGGUGUUCAUGUUGUACCCAUAGGCGUGCGUAUUACUGUUAAAAAAAUGGAGAAAAAACCAACACUCGAUUUAAAUGGAAAAAAGAAACUCAAAUUGGAAUUUGAAGUAAAUGAAGGAGGAUUUGUAAUAUUAUCUUCUGAAUACAUUAAAAUGAAAAACAUUAUUGAACCAAAAGCGAUACAAUUUCAUGUGAAAUCUAGAGCAGUAGAAGGUUCAGUUGUUUUAGGGAAUUGGCCGACAAAUCAGUUUACAUAUCAAGAUGUUCUAGAUAAAAAAGUACAAUAUAAACAUCAGGGUUCAGAUGUGGGAUAUAAUGGUAAAAGUGAUAGAUUUAUCUUAGUAUUGCAUGGGAGGGACAUGGUAGGAGAAAGACCAGAGGUAACCGUUAAUAUUUACAUACUCCCUGUAGACAAUAUUGCACCAAGAAUAUUAGAUGCUGCACUGUUUACUGUAUUUGAAGGUGAAAAGGAAAGAAUUUUACCACGUCAUUUAGAUGUUGUAGAUCAGGACACUAAAGAUGAAAAUGUUCAGUGUAUAAUAACAACUCAACCUACCAAAGGGUACAUUGAAAAUAUCUCACCAGCUCCAGGAUCAGAGAAAUCAAGGGUUGGCAUGUCGGUCACUGCAUUUUACAUAGAAGAUAUCAGACUAGGUCACAUGAACUAUGUUCAAAGUAUUCAUUUUGGUGAAGAGCCUAACCAUGAUAUGUUUGCCUUUAAAUGUACAGAUGGCGUAAACAUAUCACCAGAAGCAGUCACAUUCAACAUAUCUAUUUAUCCAAAAAACGAUGAAAGUCCCAAAGUUUUUAUCAGGGAAUUUAUCGUUAUGGAAGGAAUGGAACUUAAAAUAGAUUCUCCGAUCUUGUCAGCAGUAGAUGAAGACGUUCCAUCAGAUGAAAUAACUUUUAUUAUACACACAUUUCCUCAGCAUGGACAGAUCGUACAACAGCGUAGAACUGGUAUCAUUCCUAUAACUCAGUUUACAAAGUCUGACAUUGUAAGAUCGUCAACAAUAAUGUACCAACAUGAUAAUACAGAAUCCUUUGAAGACUCCGUAGAAUUCAUUGUCACUGAUGGACUUCACAAUGUAACGCAGAACAUUCCUAUUGUAAUAAUACCCGUGGACGAUGAAACACCAAGACUAACUAUAAACACUGGACUUCAGAUUGACAAUAUUGGAGACAGGAAAUUGAUCAGUGAUACAGUCCUGAAAGCUGAGGACCUGGACUCUCAUGAUCCAAACAUUACAUUUAUAAUACGCAGACUACCAUCACAAGGAUAUUUUAUAAAAGAUAAAGGUCAUGAUAGAAUUGUCAAUAUGACAUAUAGUGCAAAUUUUACUCAGUUUGAAAUAGACAGUCAGCAAGUUUAUUACGUUCAUACAGGUACAGAAGGUAAACGUGACAUUAUUAAGUUUGAUGUUACUGAUGGAUUGAACCCGUUGAUAGACCGAUACUUCUAUAUAACUAUCAAAGGCAUGGAUUUAAACUAUCCUGAAGUUUACAAUAAAGGAGUAAAGCUUCCAGAAGGUGGUAGGAUCAAACUAACAACAGAUUUCUUAAGUGGAAAAGACAUUGAAAGUCCUGAUGCUCUACUCAUUUUCAGAGUGACAAAAACUCCAUCUCAUGGCUUUAUCUAUAAUACCGACAAUCCAUACCAACCUAUAACUUCAUUUACACAGUUAGACUUAGCUGGGAGUAAGAUUUGUUAUAUACACAAUGCUCAAUCAGAAAUUAAAAUGGAUUCUUUCCAGUUUGAAGUUACAGAUGGACACAACUCUGUUAAAAGGACAUUUAGAAUUGCCGUUACGGAUGUGGAUAAUAAGAAACCAACUCUGGUGUUUGAUACAUUAUUUGUGGCUGAAGGAGGAAACAAAUUGAUAUCACCAUUUGAAUUAAAAGCUGUGGAUGAAGAUACGAUAGAUGUUAACAUUGAAUUCGUGAUAACUCAACUUCCACUUCAUGGAAAUAUUCUGUACAAUUACUCAAGAAUCAUUACUAUGUUUACAAAUGAAGAUAUCAAAAAUAACUUGAUAACAUAUCAACAUGAUGGAACAGAAACAUCAAAAGAUGCUUUCUCGUUCACAGUUACCGAUGGAGUACAUUCUGACUUUUAUAUUUUCUCCAACAUGGAGCACCCUACCAAACAGCCUCAGACAAUACCUAUUGAAAUAAUGCCAAUGGACAAUGGUAUACCUUACCUUAAGAUCAACAGUGGCUUGAAUGAACUGACCUACUUGGACCAGAAUACCAUUGGUGCAACCCUUACCGAUCAGUUGUUGUCUGCAGUAGAUAGGGACAGUGAAAUAGAGUCCCUGAAGUAUGAGAUUACAGUCCCACCAACACAUGGUUACAUCCUGGUCAGAAAAGUAAAGGCGUCGUCAUGGACACAGGAUGACAUUAACAAGAGAGUAGUAGAAUACAUUUUGAAUCCCAAUGAAGAUGCCACCAGUGACAUAUUUUUCUUCAAAAUUAAAGAUCAGGGAGGAAAUCACUUAUCAAACCAACCAUUUACCAUACAGUGGUGCUGGGUGUCCUUCAAACAGUCUGAAUACCAAGUAGCAGAGAACAACAAGUUUCUAGAAAUCCAAGUACAGAGAAGAGGCUAUCUAGGGGAAACUGUCUAUGUGGGUAUUACAGCUGAAAAUGGAACGGCUAGAAUUAAUGAAGAUUUUGGACGUUGGUAUGCACCAACCAUACAAUUUAAUCCAGGACAAACAGAAAAGACAUGGAAGCUACACAUGAUAGAUGAUGAACGAUAUGAAGGAACGGAAUACUUCAACUUAAAGUUAGAUAACCCUGUAAUGACUGUAGUAGAACAACCCAAAGAAGCCAGGGUCGUAAUAAAUGACAAAGAAGACGAGUCAGUAAUAUCCUUCACUAGUCCUGAAUACAGGGUAGCAGAAGAUAUAGGAGAGAUAAUGGUCCCUAUAAAGAGAACAGGAGAUCUGCUGGAUGAAUUAAUGGUCGUCUGCUGUACCAAGUCAGUAACAGCAACAGGUACGACAGGAGAUAUGAUAAACUCUGGAGCUGAUUACAUCUCCCGUUCAGAGGAUCAUCACAGUACUAUCAGGUUUGAUGUAGGGGAAGACACUAAAUACUGUAAAGUCACCAUUAUAGAUGAUUCUAUGUACGAGGAGGAAGAAAGCUUCCAUGUGAUACUGAUGGAAACAAUGGGAGGCAGGGUCGAAGGUCAGAACUGGACAUCUGUUGUCAUUGAGCCAGACUCUGUUGAUGCGCCCCAGUUUUUCUUCAGUCAGCAGGAGUUCAAUGUUGAUGAGAGUGCUGGUCAGUUAGAAAUAUCUGUGAAGAGAGAAGGAAGUGACCUGUCCAAACCAUCUAGUGUGACUGUUACAUCAAGACAAACUGACCCAACAUCUGCUGAAGUUGGCGAUGACUAUGUAGCUGUCAACAAGAUAUUAAACUUCCCACCAGGAUUGUCAAUAAAAAUAAUAAAUGUGACAAUCCUUGAUGAUCUAGGACAACCUGAGUUAGAAGGACCAGAGAAUUACCAACUUGUAUUGAGGAUGCCUAUGGGAGGUGCUCUAGGUAGUCCUAAAACUUCUACUGUUGUUAUAGAUGAUACUACUUCUGAUGCUCCAGUGAUGGAAUUUGAAGAAUCUAUAUAUUUUGGUAAUGAGAAGGACGGCCAGAUGACAGCAGUGAUUUUAAGACAUGGUGACCUAGACCAUGAUGCAUCAGUACGAUGUUACACCAGACAGAAUACAGCUACAGUGGCUGAUGAUUAUAUUGAGAGACCAGACACAGAUCUUUCCCUUGUAUAUUUUUCACCAGGUCAGAGACAUGCAGACUGUAUAGUAGAUAUAGUUAAUGAUAGUGUGUUUGAACCAACAGAACAAUUCAGAUUAGUUCUGGGUAGUCCUACUAGUUCAACAACCAAGGUAGCAUUAGUAGCUACUAGGAAUAGUACAAUAUUAAAGAUCAGUAACCCUGAAGAUGAGCCAUCAAUAGAAAUCCCCAGUAGACAGUAUGUCAUCAAUGAACCUAUUAUCAAAGAUGAUAUUGCCCUGUUGAAGGUACCAGUAGUUAGGACUGGUGACCUAUCUGGUCUGUCUGAAAUUGUUAUCAUGUCAAAAGAUGGAUCAGCAGAAGCAGGCAGAGAUUACAAUGGAUUCUCAAAAGCUUUGACCUUUCACCCUGGUAUAUCUCUGGUCAAUGUUGAAAUACAAAUAUUGUAUGACAAGAUCAAAGAGAAUCGUGAAACAUUUAUCAUUCUGCUGACCAAAGACAGAUAUGAUGUGGCUGAAAUAAAGAAUUCCAGAGCUAUGAUCUACAUUGAAGAAAACAGUAAGAUGGCUGAUGUAGUUUUCCCUACUAAACCAAUAAUUGUAUCUCUUAAGGAUUAUGAUGAUGUGUCGUCCGCUGAUGACAGGAUAAUUAAUGGCUACCCUGUUAUUUGUGUCUCAUCAUGUAACCCAAGACAUCCUGAUUUUCCAACAACAGGACCAAUGUGUGAAACCCAGGAGAUCAAUGAUACUCUUACCAAAUUCCAGUGGCAGGUGGCAGCACCUACAACUGCAGAUGGGGUAACCAGUCCAUUAGAGGAUAUUGUUUCAACUACAUUCUUUGCUUCAACAAGGGGAAUAACUCUGGACAGUGUUUAUUUCAAUAGUGGAAGUAGAAUUAGGUGUAUUGCUCGUGCUGUCAAUGUCAAAGGAGAACCUGGACAUACUUACCAAAGUGACCCGGUCAAGGUCAGUGGGAAACAAGGACUGUGUCCACCAAGAGAGGUCAAUACUGUAGGAGCUGAUCCAUUCACAGCUAAACUCAAAUAUCUAGGACCACAGUAUGGUGGCAACAGUGGUAAAGUUCUUAUAACAGUGAAUGUCCCACACCAAGAUGGUAUGCUCCCAGUCGUGUCCACAUGGCAGCCUUCAAACUUUGAAUUUAUUCUCAGUCCUGAUGCAUUAAGGCAAGGCCAGCACCAGUGUUCUAAUCUGAUAGACUUUUCUGAAUCACGCUCUGAUUUUGGAUUUGUUUCUAACCGGACAAAGAAUCCAUUUAUGAUCGGUGAAAUUGAACCUUAUCAGAAUAGUGCAGAUCUGAGGACAGCCAAAACUUUGAGAUUUUACAGUAAUUUAGACUAUGAGUCCUGCCAGUGGAAGUUCCAGGGUAUAUUUGAUAUGACAUCUCUUGUGACUGUUUGUGAGGGUAAAAUAGCUGCAGAUGGACAGCCCCUUAAUAUCAAGCAGUCCUUCAUGACUAUGAGACUACCAUUAUAUGUGUCAUACGUUUUCCAUGCUUUGUCUGGAGACAGAGGAUGGAGACAUAUAGACACACAGACAGAAUUAGAGAUGACCUUUGUAUAUAAUACAGCUGUUAUGUGGGAUGAUGGGAUAUCGUCUUCAAGGUCAUCUGACACAGAUGGGUUGGAAGGGUCAUUGUUUCCUGCUAGUAUGAAAAUUAUUAACAACCGUUUGGUAGUGACCUUCAGAACAAAGGCUAGAUUCAGGGGACAAUUUGUUAUGAAUUAUCCUGACUCUCUAUAUCAGUCAUCUGUAUCAUGUAUAGAGAAUCCUAAAAUGACCUUCACCUUGAGAAUGCUGCGUAGCUCUAAAACUUAUGAUAAGGCUGACCAACUUUGGCAGUUUGAAUCUGACUUUUCUAUGAAGGAUUAUUCUGGAUUAUACAAAAUCAAUCUGGUUCCUUGUACAACAUCAGCAAGACAGGCAUAUGAUCCACCAAUCAAAUGUCAACCACAACAUAUAAUGACCUUUGACCUACCAAUCAGAUUCCAACAAGUCAGUGAUCCAGUGCCAUCUAAGUACACUUUAAAUUCCAAGUUCAGAUUAAUGAGGAAAAGAGAUUUAUGGCUGUCUGAUAAUAAGGAUGAAGUAGAAGUUGACAUGGCUUUUUCUCCAGGUGAUACACUUUAUGGUAGAAUAGAUUCAUCAGCUGACCUUGGACAGACAAUUAACCUUGGUAUAGACAAAGUAUUUAUAUGUUCUGGAAAAGAUGGUUAUAUACCUAGAUAUGACCCAGAAAAUGACCUAUAUGGAUGUCUUGGACCAAAGGAUAAACUGGAACAGUCCUUGAAAAUACUUGAUUCAUUAGCACCCGAUACAGUGGAUACCAGUGUGGACGGGGUACAGUUUAAAGUUCUGCUGGCCAGAGACGAUCCUAGAGCUACAUCUCUAGUACAACAGCCUGGAGCUGAUGGCUUCUCAAUUGAUACUCAACCUUUGUUUCAGGCUGACAAUGAUAGAGUUUGGUUCUUACAUUCUGUUUACUCAUUAAAAGCUGACAGACAGAAGAGAGACCUUGCAUCUGAAGGGCAGAACAUUAAUCAACCAGGGACUGGAACAAACAUGAUCAGGAUCAGAACAACAACAAGGCCUCAGCCUGAUGCUGAUCUGAACCUUUCUAGAAGUGUGGAUGAGAAACAAUCUAACACAACACUUCUUCCAGUUUUGAUUGGCCUAUCAAUACUGCUAAUAAUUAUUUUGAUUCUUUUAAUUCUUUUGAUCAGAAGACAUAAGAAAAGGUCUUCACCACCGCCAUCACCAACCAGUACAAUCACAGUGGUUGAUAGGAAAGGAAAAGUUAUGGUGGUUCAUCUACCCGAUUCAAAAUCACCAGAUCAGAGAUCAGAAGUUUGAGAGUUUAUAAAUAAAUCACCUAUUUUUAUCCAUGAUGCAAUGCAUAACAAAUCAUUAGGUUAAAUCGUGCUAAACUAUGGUUGAAUAAAACCUGCUGAUCAAAGAUCAAAAGUUUCAGUGUUUUUACAGAAACCAUGUAUUUUUUUAUAUUCAUGGUGCGUUACAUAACAAAUUAUGAGGUUAAAUCAUGAUCAACUAUGGUUGGAUAAGAUCAAAAUAAGAUGUUUAGGAAGAUCUUUGAAUAAUAAUUACAGAGAUCAACUUUGUUGUUUCUGUUUAAACUUUAUUGACUUGUUAUGGUGAGGUAAAUUUUUCAUCAAGAGUGGCUUGCUUGUAUCAGAUCAGCCGUUUGCAUUAUGCCACAUUGUAAAGUACUAGAAUAAUUUUUCAUGUAAAAUGAAAUUUGAAGUAGUCUCUCAACUGUGGUGGUAACUAUUAGAAUCCAAUUUUUAUGCAAUUGAUCUCAAAAUAUGAUAUUGAAUGUUAAAAAGAAAGGGUAAACUAAUGUUUAAUACUGAGAACAUGGAAAACUAUAACAUUGAGAAUAGAGGGUAAAAUACUCAUAUAUUAUAAAUAAGGAAGCUAAUUAUCAAUUGUAAUUUGAACUCAGUUACAGUUAGGUAUGUGGAAUUUGUUGCUUUUCCUGUGAACAUUUUUGGUGAAUAUUAAUUACACAAUUUUUUGACACUCUAUUUAUAAAUUCCAAUAUGUUCUAUUUUGAACUGAAGUUAAACCAAUCGUAACAUUUUUAAGUGCCAUUAUUUUGUACAUUAUAUAUUCUUUUUCAAGAGUUAUUUCAGUAUUUUUGAUACAUGGAUUUACUCAUUCUUAUCAAAUUCAAGUGUUCAAAUAUAGAUUAUAAUAGUUUUGAAGAAGAUUUUGUAAUGAAGCAAUAUUUUGUUGACAAUCUUAUCCUUUUUAUCGGGUUGUUAGUAUUUUAAAAUCUUCUAAGGUAUUUGAGAAUUUUGAGCAUCUGAACCCUAUUGGGUAAUAUCUACGCAUAUUUUAAAUUAUUCAUAUAUGAUAUUACUCUCAAACUGUUCCUGAAUUUUGCCUGAAAACAUACUGAUGAUUAUUAUAUUAUUUAUAUAUAUUUGUUUUGCAAUAUUCCAAUACUACUUUUCUACAAAUCGAUUACACCUUGAUAUCAAAAAUCCAGGACAUUUUUUUUUUUGGUUUAUAAUCUCAGACAUAUUUUUUAAUUGAUAUAUUUGACAAAUUUUGAUUGUUUGAAAGUUAAAUUUUUAAAGCUUAAAUUGAAACUUUUAGCAUUUUUGGCUUUGUUAGUGGGUAAUUGGUUUAAUAUAUGUUGAGAUGUUUAAAUAUUUACCAAUUAUAAAAGUACGGGAAAGUGUGUGAAAGUGACAAGUGCUUUAUUGAAUAUAUGCUCAGGAUGUAUUUAUUUUAUUUUCUGUUUAUACCAAAGAUUAUUUUGAUACUAAAAUCAAAACUUAUUUGCCAGUAAUCCAUUAAAGAAAUACUCAACAUCAUUAUAUUCAUUUAUGUUAUUAACAUGUAUAUUUUUAAUAACAUUGAUCAUGCUAGAAAAAGUAUUUAAUGAUAGUAUUUUAUAAUUAGUGAUUACUAUGCAAUUAAUCUUGUGCUCUUUCAUUCAUCUAGUUUAGUUUUUGUUAGUAUCCAUAAAGCUUUUGCUCAGUUUUGACAGGGAUCCAGAAAACAUGAGAAAAACAUCAUUUUAAUUAGUGGACUUUGGUAGAAGUUGUCAUGAAAUAUUGAUUUGAAACUAAAUGUUAGAUAUAGAGGAAGUUGACUAUGACUGAUAAUAAGAAUAAAUUACAAUUUUCACUCACCUGCAAAAUAUAUUUAAUUUAUAUAUAUAUUAAUCUUGCAUAGAAUUCCAUGCUUAAUGCGUAUUUUUUUUAGUACAGAACAUUCCCAUUCUUUUCAAAAGUGCAAUGUUUUUUGUUGUUGUGUAGAUUCAUGUCUUUUAUUUACAAAAACUGUGUGUUACAUAUAGUUCUUUUCUCUCUUGUUCUUAUGUUAUAGAGAUAAAUUUAAAAAAAAAACCUUGCAAUUUAAGUUUCCUUUAAUAAUUGUUAACC